GUUUCACAGCUGAAUGGCAUUUUAUGAAUGCCUUUAUAGAGAGAAAUACCAGAUACCUUGGUUGCAAUUUAAAAAUAAACUUGAAUGCAAGCUAUUGAGAAUGAAAACAAUUUCUCAUUUUAUAAUUACAAAGAAAAGGAACUUUUAUGCAACUUUCUAACUAUUGGUCGAUGGCGUGUUUUAAUAGAAGAGCGAAAAAGCAGAUAUGAUCCAGGGAAGGUUGGAAAAAAUUUGCAAAUAUUUGAGCAGCCCUUCGCGGCCUUUGUUAUGGGAUGUAAGGUGCAAAGGCUGGAAAUUCAGAAUUUAACUUCUGCAGCUCCGGCAUCUUAUGGACGUUUUGUUACAGGUCUGCCAGCUGAACAAGAACCGGCAUAUCUUCUGCACCUUCAAAUUGAAUUGUAGCGUAAUAUAAAAUAUAUGGAAUAAAUGCACGUUAGUAAAAAUUAAAAAGUUGGACUUUGUCUUGAGAAGCCGAUUAAGAGAAGAAAAUUCAUUUUAAAACAUUACACAUUACAUACGUAUACAUUAUUUAUAGGUAAAUUCA